UGGGCAGGAGGGCUGGAUGAGGCGUGGGGGGAAGCAGACCAAGUGGAUGGGACUUGCCCGUGCCUCUGCUGUCCCCCACUGCCCCUAACGAAGGACAGGACAGGACACCCUUCGGGGCACAAUUGCUCCAGUUCCACUCCUGCCUCCCAAAUUUUAUGUAAAUUUCUCUCGUGGCCAUCCCUCAUCUGGCAUCAUACAGGGAAAGGAGUUCCUGGAAAUGUGGGUCCAGCUCAGUCACGUGGAGUACAAAGCUACCCCAGUACCAUUCAGAGCUAUCUACAAGAAUAGUCAUGGAUGCGGGACGCCUGGGUGGCUCAAUCGGUCUGAGUUUCUGCGGCUCCUCAUGAUCUCAGUUUUCCUCUUAGGACUUGGCACUGUUGUAUUUAUGUUCAGAAGUGUGGAGUUCAGUAGCCCCAUGCCAGAGCGCCCUCAUUCUGCUCUGGCUGACCAGAUGCUGAAGCUUCUACCCGAGGAAUGUCUCAAGAACCUGUUUACCUAUGAUGGAAUCCGACUGUUCCCGAAAAACCAGUGCAAAUGCGAAGCUACCACAUGGCAGGAAAGCUAUAACUUUCAGGAUGCCUAUGACCUGAGUGAGCUCCCUGCGGUGAAAGCGAGGAGACAGGCUGAAUUUGAACACUUUCAGAGGAGAGAAGGGUUGCCCCGUCCACCGCCGCUGCUGGCCCAGCCCAACCUCCCUUUUGGGUACCCCGUCCAUGGGGUAGAGGUGAUGCCCCUGCACACAGUUCCCAUCCCAGGUCUCCGGUUUGAAGGACCAGAGGCCCCCAUCUAUGAGGUCACCCUGACAGCUUCUCUGGGGACACUGAAUACCCUCGCUGACAUCCCAGACAGUGUGGUGCAGGGCAGAGGCCAGAAGCAGCUGACCAUUUCGACCAGUGACCGGAAGCUUUUGAAUUUCAUCCUCCAGCACCUGACAUACACCGGCACGGUGUACCUGCACCACAGGGUGGAUGUCGUGAGUCUGGAGUCCAAGUCCUCGGUGGUCAAGUUUCCAGUGACCAUCUGCUAUCCUGUCAUCCCUAAGUUAUAUGACCCUGGACCAGAGAGGAAGCUCAGAGACCUGGUGACCAUUGCCACCAAAACCUUCCUCCGUCCCCACAAGUUCAUGACCAUGCUACGGAGCAUUCGUGAGUACUACCCAGACUUGAUAGUGAUCGUGGCCGAUGACAGCAAGGAACCUCUGAAGAUUAAUGACAAGCAUGUGGAAUAUUACACCAUGCCCUUUGGGAAGGGUUGGUUUGCUGGUAGGAACCUGGCCAUCUCUCAGGUCACCACCAAAUACGUGCUCUGGGUGGACGAUGAUUUCCUUUUCAACAACAACACCAAGAUUGAGGUGCUGGUGGAUGUCCUCGAGAAAACAGAGCUGGACGUGGUAGGUGGCAGUGUACUUGGGAAUGUGUUCCAGUUUAAGCUGUUGCUGCAGAAGAGUCAGAAUGGGGACUGUCUUCACCGGAGACCAGGCUCUUUUAGACCCCUGGAUGGUUUUCCCCGCUGCGUGGUGACCAGUGGCGUUGUCAACUUCUUCCUGGCCCACACGGAGCGACUCCAGAGAGUUGGCUUCGACCCCCGCCUGCAGCGGGUGGCUCACUCAGAGUUCUUUAUCGAUGGGCUCGGGAGCUUGCUCGUGGGGUCAUGUCCAGAAGUGAUAAUAGGUCACCAGGCCCGUUCUCCGGCGGCCGACCCAGAGCUGGCCACCCUGGAGAAGACCUACAGCGCAUUCCGGACCAACACCAGGAACCAGGUCCGGUUCAAGCUGGCUCUCCACUACUUCAAGAACCAUCUCCAGUGCUCUACAUGAAGGCGCCUGGGCAUCAGAAAUGCUCUAGACUUACUGGGGGGUGGGUAUAUAAGACAGCGGAUACUGGUGGUGGGACUCCUGAUGAGACGAAUGCUGUAAAGGACAAGCCAGCGGGCGGGGCAGGUGCGUCGGGCUCAGUUACUAGAAAUACCCAUCAGAGGCUAAGGGUCAUUAGAAAUGGACCAUUCCCUGAGAAGGGCGACAGAGGCCCAUCAAUAACAAUCAUUAUUUGUAUGAUGCGGUACCAUUUCCGGAGCAUCCACACACACGGUAUCUCGAUUCCUCUCGUUGGAUCUCCUGCAAGAGAGUAUAGUGUGAGUUGGUAUCCUUGGUCAAAAGAAUGGCUGUGGGGGUUUUUGAGGAUUAUUUGGUAGAAAUUAUAUCAGAGUCAGAAGCAUCCUCUCCAGCCUCCACAAAUGAUUAUUUGUUGCUACCCUGGGGACUCAGAUGAUGUGAAUAAUACAGGGUCCUGGUCUUGAGGAUGUUGCAGCCUGGUCCAGUUCAGUCCGCUGGCAGACUUGCGCAGCCAGGAUCAGGGGAUCAGAGGAGGGAGGAGUGACCAAGGGCCAGGCAGCUGAAGGAGGCUCGGUGGAGAGAGCUUGGCUGCGGCCUGGAGGACAGAUGGGAUUCAGGCAGACGGAGGGGAGCACUGUAGUCCCCUGUCUGCCCGAACAGAGGUUUCCCUGGCAUCAGAUGCGCUACUGCCAGGACACAUUGCAGAACGCCAGGGAUUGAACUCCGACCCUGUGCUAGGUGCCAUGAUAGGCAGUGUAAGUGCAAUGGUGCAAUUGUUGACCACUCAAGACCCAUGUCAUCUGCAGAGAGGAGCCAUCACGUGUUGUGGAGGAAGGCUCUCUCUGUGUUAUCUCAGGAGUUGGCAGCUUCCACAACUACUGGGCUUCCACUCUUUCCUGCUGAAGAUGCUCUAGGUAGGUCAGGAUCUCUGAAAAUGUGGCUCAGAGACAUGCAUAAAACUCCAUGAAAAAUGUUUUGGUGGUCCAAUAAUUUUGAAAAAUACCAAAAGUUGUAUAUCCCUCUUGGAAAGUUGCAAUUCACAUUAGCAUACUAAAGGCUCUGAGAAGUCCCACAGUAAAGAAAUGGGGUUAAUUUUGUUUAAUUCAGCAUUUCCCAGUUAUGGAUAUAGACCGGCGAUCAUUUUUUUUUUAAUACUCCCAAACCCAGAAUUGAACACAUACCUCAUUCCAUUGUGUAUGUCAUCAAGAUUCUAUUGCAAAAGCUUUGGUGGCUUUAGCUAACCUGGACAAUCAUUUGGUGCAAUGGUACAUGCACUUUCCUACAAUAACAUAGCUAUACAGGAAGAUGAUGUUGGAUUGUCCCAUUCAGUCCUGCCUUGAGAAGCAGGCCAGAGAAGCCCCUCACUGGGUCCUGGGCUCUAGAGAACACUGUAUAUCACAGACACGAGUGCUUGCUGAUGACCACCUGGGCAUCUCUGUCGCUUGGGAUCCAGUGCUCAACAUGAGCACGGCACAACCUGUUACCCAAGAUAUCCACUCUUAGGACUCACAGUGUUCAGGCCCCAGGGAAAUGCUUCUCCACACCUUAUGUCUUCAAAAGACGACUGCAUCCAGAUGCACUGAAAGUCUGUGGCAGUGCUUUGGAGCGCAGGUAAGACUUGAUCUGCCAACUGCUUGCAUAAAAGAAAAAGACAAAUGUCUCCUCUUGCCCUCCAUGCGGGGUUCUAAAAGUGCUUAAAACAAUUAGCAUAGUAUUCACAGUGACUGCAUUUCGUGACUCCAGGGACAUUUGAAAGUAGUAAACCAUUUGUACGCAUUAAUUCUUCUAUAUGUAGAUCUAGAUGUAUCAUGCUUGAAAUGUGACACAAACUCUUUACACUUGGCAAGUUGGUUGGUCAUUGAAAGCUGAUGUUGCAAUCAUUUUUAUUUUUUAUUUUUUUUUUAAAGAUUUUUUUUAUUUGAGAGAGAGAGAAUGAGAGAUAGAGAGCACGAGAGGGAAAGAGGGUCAGAGGGAGAAGCAGGCCCCUCGCCGAGC